UUCAAGGUGUUAUUGUUACCAAUCUUGGAUAUAGUAAAAAAGCUAGAAAUAUUGCAAAAAAAAAUAAGAUUUUAUUAACUCAAAAAUCUGAUAUUGAACAUAAAUUAGUUUUUUAUAUUAAAAAAGUAAUUGAAGAAAAAGAAUUGGAUAUCUUGGAAAAUAUCGAAAAAGAAAAAAAUAUUUGUCUUUAUAUUGAAUAA